CACGUUCACCACACUGUCCUAGUAUUGAGAAACCGCGUCACUUUCAACAGCCCGGACCUCGAUGGCUGGAUCUGCCACCGAUACCUGCCCGAUGCCCAGACCUGCUGCCCUGUCCUCCAUGCUCGACGAACCCCAGGACCGCGGUUAGGCUCUUCGUCCCCUCACGCUAUCGUACUCAACCACAUAGCUGCAUGACCCGCCACUCAAAGACCCGGUCGGGAUGCCGGGUCUGCAAGGGCAAACGUCUCAAAUGUGACGAGACAAAGCCGUCCUGCCUCAACUGCGUCCGUCGCGGCAUUCAAUGCCCCGGAUACCAAAUCACCCUGCGAUGGUCAGCCAAGCACCAGCACAGUGGACCACCCUCUUGUGCUGUCGAUGCUGCAGCUGCUCGUUCUUACACUACCAGGAAGCAGACCCCCAAGUCGGGCUCAGCAAUGCCUGCGACGGUCGCAGGAACUGAGGAGGGGUGGCAAGCCACAGCUAUUCCAGACCAUGACAGCUUACACGCACCUUCUGGAUAUGCUUCUGGCGAUACUCUCCUUGCUGCCAGAAAUGGUCGUCCACUUCUUCCUCCCUCCUGGACCCUAGAUACAGAAAGUCCUGCUAUGCUGUCGGACUUGCCAGUGACGUCCCCGCGAACAUCGGAGGACACCAGUCAAAGCGUUAUGUCCAUCAAUUGUUCACUACACGAUCUGGGCAUAAUUGCUUUUCACGAUGAUCAGCCAUCCUUCUCUAGCGACCAAACUGUCCCUGAUGUGCAUGGUAUUCCGAGUGCGACAUCACAUUCCAAUACGUUCGAAGACUGCAAAUACUUGGACACCUCCGCGAAUCCCCGGAACACACAACUGCAUUUUGUUGAUGAGAUUGUCUUGGUAACACCACACUCAAUCGAGAAACCGGCUGGGCACUGUUACAAGACCCCUAGUAUUCCUGCCACUCUUUUUGAUCCCUCAACCAUGCUCGUGGAGUUCUGGUUUCACUCCGUCUGCUCAGGUUGGGCAGCAUACGACUCACCUUCGAAUCCCUUUCGGCGGCUCUGUGCGUCCCUUUGGUCAUGUUCCGCACCGGUAUUCUAUUCGAUGCAGACCAUGGCGGCUGCCUCGAUCCAGCAGCGUCAUCACGAGCAGCAUUGGCCCCGGCAUUGGCCGGAGCAGAUUCGACAAGUUGUGCUCGCGGCACCGAAAUCAUCGACGCAGGCUCUCAUCCAGGAGAUCAGCGCCCUGUUCCCGAGCCACGGAGACAAUCCUGGCAAUAUCACGUCGAAUGGAAAGCUCGUCUUACCCUCAGGCCUGCUGGUUUCGCUCUUCUGCAUGAGUUCUUCGCUGAGCUGGAUCGACUCACACCAACUUGGGACGCAGUAUCUCCGCCAUGCGCGAGUUAUCCUAGAGCUUUUUGAUCUUAAAGUUGAAUGUCUUUCUCACGAGGACAUAGAAUUGCUCGAGUUCUUCAAGGGCUGUCUCAUUUAUGAGCAGAUGCUGCGCAGUAUCGUCAGUGACGACGCAAACGACGUUUGCUCGCUGACCACACAACUCGAGCCCGGAGCUUCCCUCAACAUAGUACACGGUCCCGACGUUCAGCACCCGUAUGCCAUUGACGACGAGGCGCGCCACGCAACGUCUCUGCAGCAUCCUUCCCCUCCCCGAUUAGCGCUCCACGCCUGGACAGGAAUCCCCAGCAUGAUAUCGUGGCUCUUUGGAAAGGUCAUGGUGCUGUGCCGCCGCUCCCGAGCAUUGUGGCGAGGGAGUGCGCGCGUCGACUUCAAGCUCAUGCACAACGCGAUGGCUCAAUUUGAGCAAGCGAAAGAGCUCGAAGAGAGGCUGCUGACCAUUGACGUAUGGUCCAUCAUCGAUAGUGAAGAUGAGGGAGACGUUGCCGGUGCUGCGCAACCGAACCGUGAUUGCCACAACAGCGGGCCGUCGCUGUUUUCUCUUCUCGGUUCAGAACUUGGCACAUACUCUGAAGCAUCUCCCGCUGGAACGACCACCACAACUUCUUCCUCUCCCUCCUCCUCCUCUCUCAGCCAUCAACCCCAGACACGACAACACAUCAUCCUUGCAGCAGAAGCUUAUCGCUUGUGCUCGCUGUUGCAGCUGCACCAGACGUUCCCGGAUCUUGUCGCCCAGCGAAUGCCCCAGUAUGUCUGCCAUCGUAGUGGCGCCGUGCCGGAUGAGGCCUGGUUGCAACCCUUGGCAUUACACAUCACAGGCAUCCUCGAGAGCAUCCCUGCGUCUUCAGGCAUGCGCUGUUUACAGCCACUGUUGUGCAUAUGCGCUGCGAGCGGGCUUCGUCUGUCACAGCCGUCUUCGUCGGCCACAUCCGAGACUGCAGAUGCUUCUGAGAUGGCCACGGAUGUCGGAGAGACGAACUCCUGGGAGUCUUGUGGCAGAGACAGAGGCUGCAGUAGCAACAAGAGUAGUCGCGAAGACACGACACAUGAACCGAUUUACAAUCUCACGGCUCCGCCAUUGCCCCUGGCCACAACAUAUUAUUGGGAGGGCUUCCUUCCUUCGGCGUCUUUGUUCCAGUCACCAUCCGGAAGCUUCGACGGCAUUAGCGACAGUGACGGCAGCAGCAGCAUUCACAGCAGCCCGCCAAGCGCUUUCACGACAGAUACCGCAGUGCCCUAUGUCACAUCUCCCUCCCGCGACAUGCCAUCAGCUUCACCGAUGUACUACGGCUCUUCUUCACCACCCAGUGACAGUCAGAGUCCAGCCUCCCCCUCUUCCUCGCCCUCGUACAUCACCGCCUAUCCCUUUUCUCCGUCUUUCAGCGCUGCCGCCAGCACCAACGUCGGUGCCACGCCGCCGCCGCCUGACCAGCCGAGAAACGUCCAAGACGCUCGCGUGUUCCUCAGGCAGCGCAUCCGCGAACUCCAGCAGGUCCUGCCAGAGAAACCGCUCGUCGUGGCAGGCGAUCUGCUCGAGGAGAUGUGGUCUGCGAUGGAUGUGUACAGGGAUGACAGCCUCGCCGAGGGCAGCAAUGGCAACGAUGAUGACGGCGGCGUUGGGCAUGCUCGCUCCGGCGGGGCCAGCACCGGCAGUGCUGGAGGAGCCAGAGGAGGCCGAGGAUGGGGAGGGCCGCACUGGCUGGAUCUUAUGAGCAUGAGCCGCUUUCAGAGUGUGUUUGGAUGA